UCGAAAUAUUGUGUACACUUAAAAACAAAAAAUAUAUACAUGAUCGUGAACAGCCUUUUGAUCAAAACAUUGCACGCGGCAACGCUUUCAGGCACUUACAGUAUAGCUAGAAAUAUGUCCGGAGUUGUCGAAAAUACAAUCAGAAACAAGCUACAAACUUCUUUAGGAACCAAGCACCUCGAAAUUAUCAAUGAGUCCUACAUGCACAACGUGCCGAAAGGCGCGGAGACACAUUUCAAAGUUGUUGUAGUGUCUGAUAAAUUCGAUGGAUUACCCUUGAUAAAGCGGCAUAGACUAGUGAAUGACAUUUUGAAGGAGGAGUUGCAGACUGGUGUCCAUGCUUUGUCCAUAGUAGCAAAAACUCCAGAGCAAUGGGACAGCAGCGACAAGGUGGUUGAAAGCAGCCCUAACUGUAGAGGAGGAUUUGGAAAAUAA